AUGCUGGCCAAAUGGGCUCUUAGGCGCGCUCAGCGCAGUCUGCCGCGGAUUAGCACUGCCAGGACAGUCAGACCCUCGACCUAUUCUCUGGACCCUCGAUCCCUUCCCACCAUCCGCGCCACAUCAGGGAAAAGACCACAGCAUGUAGCUCCAUUGCAGCGCCGUGGCCUAUUUACAUCCGCCAUUCCACCUGUCCUCAUCCCGCCUGUAAUCUUUCUUACUCUGCUGCUGGGCCUGUGGACAUGGAAAUGUUUCUGGAUCGUCGUGAUGCAGGAUAAGCUCUUGUACAUCUCGUGGCUACCGCCGUUCGCCCGCUCGGAGCAGAUAUCAGACUACGCAGGCGAAUGCAAGCCCGUCCGGUGGGAAGAGAAACGCAUUCGAAGUUUGGACGGGACCAAGUUGGCUGUAUGCGAAGGGCGGAUGCCAGCUACCGCUCGCAGCGUGACCCAGAAGCCCCAUGCGCAGGGGCAUGAGCCGGCACGGAAGAAGCUAGUGGUGAUAUGCUACUUCCAAGGAAACGGCGGGUCGACUCCUAUGCGUCUACCGCUGUUGUCGCAGUUCCUGCGGGCUAUCGACUCGCCAACCGGGGACGUGGACUAUGUCGUCGUCGCCUUGUCGUACCGAGGGUACUGGAAGUCUUCUGGCCGUGCGAGCCAGAUAGGGAUCGAGCUCGACGCGGUCGCGUUUCUGCAGUGGGUAGCGGAAACGUAUGGCGCACCUGACAGGGAUGUGCGGAUGGUGCUUUGGGGUCACAGUCUGGGCACGGCAAUUGCGAGCUCUGCCGCGGCGACGUACCUGUCUCGGCAGUCGACAACGAGCAAUUCCCAGGUAGUUCCCAUCGCUGGGAUGAUUCUUGAAGCACCAAUGUCGAGUACCAAGGACAUGCUGAUCAGUCUGUAUCCGCAAAAGUGGCUGCCGUAUCGGUACCUGUGGCCCUUUCUGUGGAACAAUUGGAGCAGUGCGGUCGCGCUGGAGCGGAUGGCGCGGUGGGCUCGUGAUCGGCGAGGGCACGAGUACGAGCAUGAGGUUCCGCCGAUUCUGCUGCUUUCCGCUGAGAAGGACGAAGUUAUCCCGGCAUAUGCAGCUCCAGAGCUGGAGCAAGAAGGCAAGAGACUAGGACUGAAGGUGGACAGAUUGGAUGUCUCCGGGGCCAUGCACACGGAGAUACCGGUCAAAGCGGCCGGGAGACAGGCCAUGAUGGAUUUUAUAAAGAAAUGUACCGUUUCGUAG